GUGUAGACGACGUCUAAAACCUCUGCGCGUUCAACUCGCCACAACUGAACAUCGACGAACUCUAAUCGUCAUCUAAGACAGACUUAUAAACCAGCGGUACUCGAUACUCGUUCCUUCGCAUCUCUACGUUUUAACUUCACGAUUUGAGUUCUCCAAUGAAAACUACGGAACCGAAAGAAUCCUUACUUAUGACGUUGCAUAUUGAGAUGAAGGCAAAAGCCAAGAAGAGACUGGCUGAAGUUCGUUAAAAAAUUACUAGGGCACGAUUGUGUCUGUUAUCGCGAUUGUGAUUCUGCCUGUUCUUGAAACGUUGUUGGGGAGAGUGUUUGCUCUAUCUCACGCUUGUGAGUGCCGUCUGGAUGCUCAAUACCCGUCAAGCCAUGACGGACGAAGGUGAAGUAAUUGCUGAAGGCAAGGCUAAGGCACCGCUCGAGCCUCCCAUAUACGACUUCGUUGUGAAGGACUUGAGCGGCGAAGACUUUCAGUUGAGCGUGUACAAGGGGAAGGUUCUGCUCAUUGUCAAUGUCGCGUCCCUGUGCGGGUUGACGACCCAACACUACACAGAGCUCACAGAACUCCACACCAAGUACAGAGAAAAAGGUUUGGAGAUUCUGGCAUUUCCUUGCAACCAAUUCGGACGGUUGGAGCAAGGGGACAACGAACAGAUCAAGGAAUUUGUUACUACGAAAUUUCAGGCUGAGUUCCCCGUCUUUGACAAGGUCCAUGUGAAUGGUCCUCAGGAGUUACCGCUGUUCAAGUACCUGAAAUCGCAGAAGGGAUGCGGCGUGUUGGGCGACAGCAUCAAGUGGAAUUUCACCAAAUUCCUCGUCGACAAGAGCGGUAAUGUGUUUCAACGCUACGCUCCCACCAUUCCUCCUUCCAAGAUAGAAAAUGACAUUCAAUCAUGUUUGUAAGCAUUUCUGUGCAACGUCCGUUUCUCGAAGUUGGUAACUCAUUUCACGCCGCUAUUCGGUACGUCAUCGUCCUCUUCCUCAUUUCGAAUGAAAUCAGAAUGACAUUGUUGCUGUUUUAUACGGACACAGGGGUCGUUCUGACCUCGACCCUUAGGGCAACGUCUUUGAUAUUCCAACUUCUGCAACUGCGAGCUACAACUUUUCUGUGCAGUGAUUGCGAUCCAUGGUGAUAGUGCACAUCACGCACCGCCUUGGCUCUCUUUAUGCGGUCUACGAUCUGGUCUCUUGGUCACAAAAAAUUGCAGUAGAGCUUGAAAGUGCCGGAUGUGACAGUGUAGAGAGAGUUUUAGAGAACACUAUUGAAGGUCACUUAAUUGAUCUGAUCAUCGCAGUGUUCAGAAUUUUGCAUCGAACAGACUAAACGCAUCAAGUUCUGACAAUUUCAUUGUUCCGGACUGCACCACCCACUGCAGUUGUAACUGUCCAUGCACACCAAGUAUACGGAAACAAUUAAUGCACAAUAUGUGUGAGCUUUUCGUUACUUGAAUCAUGAACGUAACAACAAAAACAAUGAGCGUUAAUAUUUCCAACUAUGUAGUUUAUAAUUUGCUGUAAGAUCAUGAACGGGAUAACAGAACCCACACAUAGUGAUGUAUAAAUUGUAGCACAAUGUGUGUGAAUCAAAGUGCGAAGGUGAGAAAACAACAAACAGAAGUGAAUGAAAUGCUGGCUGUGGUUUUUGAGAAUGUGAAUUUUGCAUAUGAAUUUUGUAGAAUCUCUCAUUAGCAGAUCAUAAUGUGAGACAUUACUCACGAAGAGGGGAUACAAUGCCACAACGUGGUCUGUGGUGGAAGUGACAUCUGACUGGUUUACUAAGAUUGAAUCUGAGAGUGACUUGGUGUAUAUCUGAGAUUGAACUAGAGGUAGAAUUUAAUGGAGAGAUUCUGGAAGAGAAAUGGGUGUUGAAAUAGCACUUUAGUAGAACAAUCCACAAGCUCAUAUUCAUGCAGAACUUCUUUUUUGUGUAUUUAUUUUAAGUUUUUUUUUUUAGGGUGAAGUU